ACUUUGGUGAGCAGCUAAUGGGGUUUUUCGGAGCGCUAUGGUGAAAUGUUUGGGGCCCAGGCAGAGAGUGGUGGGACUACUGGCUGCGACUGCUCCGAAGGCUCUGUUCUCCCAACUUUUAGUUCUCUAUCGACUUCUCGUGGGCGAUGGAACUACCUGGGUGCCCAGGCCCGAAACCUUGCGGCCACCCCUUGGCAGGGUGUGCCUUCAUCAGAAUUUUAAAACAAUGGCCAAGAACAAACUAAAAGGGCAGAAGUCCAGGAAUGUAUUUCAUAUAGCCAGCCACAAACCUUUGAAGGCUAAAAACAAGGCAAAACCAGUUACUACUAAUCUUAAGAAGAUAAACAUUAUGAAUCAUGAAAAAGUCAACAGAAUGAACAGAGCUUUUGUAAAUAUACAGAAAGAACUUGCAAACUUUUCAAAAAGCCUUUCUCUUAAGUCUGUGCAGAAAGAGCUGAAGCACCACGAAAAAGAACCAGCUAACGUUGAUGAAGCGACACGACUAAUGGCUCAGUUGUAAUACAGUGACAGUGUAUCACAUUUCCCCAAAGACCAAUAAAUUCAAUGUUUCAUACAA